AUGGCUACCCCCAGUGUUCUUACCUUUGAUAUUGAGGGUCGUGCUGUUGACUUUGAGGUCUGGGUCGAUGACCUCCAGCUGUUCCUACAGUGCGAUAGGGCAGACAGACUCUCCUUGUUCGAUCUCACCUCUGGUGCCUCUCCUGCCCCGCCUGCUACUGCUGACAGCACUGUUCGCUCACAGUGGGCCACACGCGAUGCUGCUGCCCGUCUUGCUGUGCGUCGCCACUUACCGACCACUGAGCGUGCGCACUUUAGCCAGUACAAGAGUGCUCAGACCUUGGGUGUUCCCCCUCCCCCCUCUUGCCCUCUGUUGCCUCUGCUGCUGCGGCCGACCUCGUUGGUUUCGAGUCGGUCGGCGCUGCGUCUGCCCCUAGCGGGAGACGCCGCACCGGCAAAGGCAAGAGGGGCAAGGGCGCUGGAGGGGCUGGCGGGGGUGGUGGAGGUGGUGGUGAAGGCAGUGGAGGGGGUGGGGGUGGUGGUGGGAGUGGUGGCGGGGGUGGAGGAGCCGGUGGCAGCAGUGGAGGCGGAGGAGGCGGCGGCGGUGGCGGAGGGAGCGGAGGCGGCGGAGGUGGCGGAGGCGGCGGAGGUGGCGGAGGCGGCGGAGGUGGCAGAGGUGGCGGCGGCAGCGGUGAAGCUGGUCGCGGCUCUGCGCAGAGGAGUGGCUCCGGUGGUGGUCCGCGCCAGCAGCAGCAGCGCAGUCGUGAGACCCUGUCCCCUCAACAGCUUCGUGAGUGGUACGCUGCGCGUCAGCGCGGUGGGGGUACUGGUACUUGCACCUACGUCCUCCGUACCGGCGACCGCGCUUGUGAGCAGUGCGGGGGCCCGCACUCCACCCAGCGCUGCUUCGGCCGCCUGA